CACUCGGACAAGGUGAAGUCGUCUUCGGUGAAGAUGGGCGCGGGCGGCGGAGGCUCGUCGGAGGGCAGCACCCGCGUGUCGUCCCGCUCGCGCGCCUCCGAGGAGCCACACAUCGGAAAGUACAAGUUACUAAAAACGAUCGGCAAAGGCAACUUCGCGAAGGUGAAGCUGGCGAAACACGUGCCCACCGGCAAGGAGGUGGCCAUCAAGAUCAUUGACAAGACGCAGCUCAACCCUGGCUCCCUGCAGAAACUCUUCAGAGAGGUGCGGAUAAUGAAGAUGCUCGACCACCCGAACAUCGUGAAGCUGUUCCAGGUGAUCGAGACGGAGAAGACUCUGUAUCUUGUUAUGGAGUACGCGUCGGGAGGAGAGGUGUUCGACUACCUGGUCCUCCACGGGCGCAUGAAGGAAAAGGAGGCGCGUGCCAAGUUCCGGCAGAUCGUCUCCGCGGUGCAGUACUGCCACCAGAAGCGAAUCAUACACAGGGAUCUCAAAGCGGAAAACCUUCUGCUAGACGGUGAAAUGAACAUCAAGAUAGCCGACUUCGGGUUCUCCAACGAGUUCACGCCGGGCGCCAAGCUCGACACCUUCUGCGGGAGCCCUCCGUACGCGGCGCCGGAGCUGUUCCAAGGCAAGAAAUACGACGGCCCUGAGGUGGACGUGUGGUCACUGGGCGUGAUCCUCUACACGCUGGUCUCGGGCUCGCUGCCGUUCGACGGCUCCACGCUGCGGGAGCUUCGCGAGCGAGUCCUGCGGGGAAAGUACAGAAUACCAUUCUACAUGUCGACCGAUUGCGAGAACUUGUUGAAAAAGUUUCUUGUACUGAACCCGGCUAAACGCGCCUCGCUUGAAAGCAUCAUGCGGGAUAAAUGGAUGAACACGGGCUAUGAGGAGGACGAACUGCGGCCUUACAUAGAGCCGCAGCAGGACUUCAAAGAUCACAAGCGGAUAGGUGAGUCGCUGAAGGCGCUGGUGUGCCUCGGCUACAACCGGCAAGAGAUCGAGUACUCGCUAGCCGAGGCCAAGUACGACGACGUGUUCGCCACGUACCUACUUCUCGGCAGAAAGAGCACGGAUCCGGAGUCGGACGGAAGCCGGUCGGGCUCGUCGCUGUCGCUGCGCACCGCAGCCGCGCCGCCGCACGCGCCGCCGCCCAGCGCAGUGGGCACGACGACCAGUGCGGCCAAUAACACCACGUCCACGUCUACCACGACCACGUCCAAUUUUAAAAGACAGAACACAAUCGACUCAGCCUCUAUCAAAGAGAACACGGCACGGAUCGCCCAAAUGCAGGUGGCCAGCGGAGGGCGGCCAACGAGCGCGGCGCCCAAACUUGAAGGGCGCACGCGCAGCGUCACGGGCGCCGCCCACCGCACCGCCUAUCCGCCCAAGGAGCCCGCCCACAACGCGCCCAGCUUAAACUCGAGCACGACGACGGGCGCGACGGCGGCGGCGACGGCGGCGGCGCGGCGGGACUUCCCCAACAACCAGAUGGUGUUCCCCAGGAACGUGCCCUCCCGGUCCACCUUCCACUCAGGUCAAACCCGGUCGCGGGGCGCGUCGGCGGGCGGCGCGUACGGCGACGGCGGCUCGCCACACCAGGCGCGGCCAUCUUUCUUCUCCAAGCUCUCCUCGAGGUUCAGCAAACGCCUUUCCGUGUUGGGUGAGGCGGGCGGACGCCAGAAGCCCCGCAUAUUUUCCUCCCUGGACAUACAAAGGAGGCCAUUGGAGGGCACCACCCCGAAGCAUGCCGUAGGAGCUAGCCCACAACCCCUCCUUGGGCAGGGCAAUGAGGAGCAGGUGAAACCGCGGGUACUGAGGUUCACCUGGAGCAUGAAGACUACCUCCUCGCGGGAUCCCAACGAGAUUAUGGCUGAGAUUAGGAAGGUGCUAGACGCAAACAACUGCGACUACGAGCAGCGGGAGCGGUUCCUUCUUCUGUGCGUGCACGGAGACCCUAACGCCGACUCGCUGGUGCAGUGGGAGAUCGAGGUGUGCAAGCUGCCGCGCCUGUCGCUCAACGGCGUGCGGUUCAAGAGGAUAUCCGGCACAAGCAUCGGCUUCAAGAACAUUGCGUCUAAGAUCGCGAACGAGCUCAAGCUGUGACUGCCCGGGACCGUCCCGCGCCGCCGCCGCCGCCGCCCGCCGCCGCCGUCCGGCGACGAGCGGGACACGCCGCCGCCGCCGCCGCCGCCGCCGCCGCGGUCCGACUCGCUGCGACUAUCCGCAGAAGACAUGGUCCUCGUCGCCAACGGAGGUAUGCGGACACCGUCCGGCGCACUCGCCCACUUCCUAGCGGCGUAUACGCCGACCGAACUCUCUUUAGCGCGCUCCGACUAUCUACGACCGCCCGUUUCUCCCGCGAGAAACUUCCUACCGAUCCCACAGCCUCGGUCAUCGCUGUCCCUACGGGCGGAGAGCGCGGAUAUAGACGACUCAAGAUCGCGCACGCUCCGACCGGCCAUGCAGCAUCAAUCGUACUCGGUCAGCGUACACACGUUGCGGCGGCAGGCGCGCACCCGGUCCCCCCCCUGCGAUUGCCUUCCCACUGACCCCAUCCCCCCUCCUGAACUCUUCGACUUCUAAGCGGCGGCGUUUGAGGGUGUUUUGACGUCACACUUCUGCUUCACCUGUCAUUAAAGUAUUAUACAGGCUGUCCCAAAGUCUAGCUAGUCUAGCUCUGAUGUAAUAACGUGCUAAUUUUGGGACAACCUGUAUGUCUUUGUCAUAAAGCGAAGGCAUAGACGAUGUAACGUUUCACGUUAUUGUAUUUCUCGAUGACACACGCCUGCAUCAAGGCUAGUUUAUGAAAAAGUCUUGAUCCUUUCCCUUAACCUUUUUAACGCAAUUGCGUUAAUUAUUACUGUAUUAAAAGAGUAAUGUAGCCAGUAAUAAGGCACAGUUUGGAAUGCAGGUGGAGCAGAAAUAUUAAGACGAGUUUCAAUGCGCUAUAAAUAGGAUUGGAAUUGAGACAGCUGUAAGCCCAUCCCGCUCUUGCGUAUAAUGAGCAAGGGAGAGGAACUUACAGCUGUCUCAAUUCUAAAUACUUGCGCUACUUGUAUGUACACAAUGUUUUUGAACGUAUCUAGUGAUUACAUUGUAAAGUUUUGCUGCUAGAGAUGUUUACGAAUAUUGCAUAAAAUACUUGCAAAACUUACCUUAGUAAAAAAAACAUAAGGUUGAUAUUUAAAAGUAAGUUCAAAGUUGAAAAUAAAAAACGAGUAAUUGUUAAGCUUAUGGGAAUCUUUCGAAUUUCAAAUUUGAAAAUCGAAUGAUCGAUUUAAUCGAUUACGAUAAACACGACUUUAUCCGAACUAGAUGUAGUGAUGGGCCGAUCGAAAGAUCGCGUCAUUCGAUUUUUAAAUUGUUUUACUGUUGUCGAACGCGACCUUCGACCAGUCUCUCAGUGGGUCUGUCCACUAUGCAAAUAAAUGGAUAAAUCUGUGACUUAAGAGUUUUAUUUAUAGUGUCGAUAGUGUAGUGUUGGGACAUUCGCAGAAGGUUUCAAUGUGCCAAUCGGAGAUAUCCAGCGUGAGGCGUGCUCACAGCGACCAUGAUCUUGAGACCGAAUGUUUAUUUAAUAGUAAACUUUAAAUGAAUUAGUUAAAGAUUUUUAUCGUGAACCCGCUCUCAAUUUACGCCACUUGUAAUAUAAUUUUACUUAUCAUGAAUUUGUAUUUUUUUCUCUGUAGAUAAGUCGACUGGCGGGCGGUGCGCGCGGGUUGUUCCAAUAUUUUUUAUUGUUUUUAAUUUAUAUCAAUUAUUUUCUUGGCACGUUUUAAAUCGUUUUGAUGGUUUUCUUUUGAAAAGACAUUGUCGCCGCACCGCCGCCAGUCUUGUGCUAUGCUUACUACCGCGUACAGUACGUAUUUUUAAUCAUAUUGUAAUAAUGUACAAAGUGAGUUUGCGCUCAAGAGAUACAAUUUAGUGUUAGUUGUUUAAUUAUAAUUUUUUUCCAAUUAUAAUGACAAAUAUAAAUAUACAAAAAAAAAAACAUAUGUGGCUGUCGUCGAAUAGCGAUAAAUGUUCAUAAUAUAUCGAUAGUGUAUCGCGUCACGCGGUUGUCUCGCGGUCGCCAGCGCAGACUCUUUCUAAUUGUAAGGCUGAAAUUAGAAAGAAAGUGUCAAAGCGUCGUUCUCAUUCUGUAACUUUACACAACAUAGAUGCAUCAUAGUCUAUACUUACACUACUGAAAUUUUAGGUGUGUAUUGUAUUUGUGAUAAAAGUAUUAUGAACUUUGUAGUUAUAGCAAUAAUGUUCAUUAUUCGUCGUGUCAAAAUGUAAGUUUUUCAGUUGAAUGCAUUGUACUCAGCCUUCGGUUUGGUGAUUAACACAGUUUCGUUUUCGUUAUUUGGUGUGAUGCUUUCCUUUUCUAUCGUGUGAGAUGUUCGCAUACUUACUAGGUGAUAAAUAUAUUAAAUAAAUAGUAUGUACGUCUGUAUGUGUAAGCUGUGCGGCGAUCGCGUUUUUUCUAUAAUAUAAUUAAGUGUAGUGUUAUACUUUUACAUGAAAUCACAAAUAAGACAUCUUUUUGAGUGAAAGCCGCGCCGCCAAAGUGUUUUAAUCGCAUGUAAUGUUUUGACAGAAAAUUAGUUGUCGAUGUCGAUAAAGGAACGUGUACAACACUACUGUUGUUUUCUAUGAAAUAUUAUUGUGUAAUAAAUUUUUUAGAUCAUUAGAUUCGUUUUCAUUUAUUAUACCUCGUUUUGAAAAGCAAUGGUAAUAUAAUAAAUUACAUUAUUUGAAUGCAAUAAGGGACUCAACUUGUAUUAUAUUUAAUGUUCAUUUGAAAAUAAUGUAAAAUAUUUUGUCGUCUGGUCGUUUUUGAAAGUGCGGAGUUAUUGAGUAAUAAUCGUUGUGUAUUAGGUUACUGCGUUUAGAUUAGAAGUUCGCUGGAUUGUAUACGCUGCCGCUAUGCUAUAUUUUAUAAAUAGCCUCACUGCUCUAUGGGUCUUUUUAUACAAGGUGGUUUUUAAUCUAGUUUUUUCAACUUCGUGUUGUCUCGUGGUUUUAUAUUUCUCGUAAUUUGAAUUCAUAUUUCGAUUCUGACUUUUUAUGUAGGAAGUUACCACGUUUAUUAAUUUUAAUGUAGUGUUCUAGAA